AUGUCUAAGAACCCCAAGUUUGAAUAUGAUGCGAAGGAGCCCGCAUUCCUCCAAAAGCUUCGGGGCCAAUAUGGCAGCAACACCGGUCGCUUAGAACGGCCGGCCGUACGAGCGACCAGACUCAAGGUCAACAAAGAUGACGAUGACGAUGAACCCACCUAUGUCGACGAAGAAAGCAAUGAAGUGAUCUCCAAGGAGGAAUACAAGACCCUGGUGCGCGAGACCGGCCAAACAGAAGAGGACAAGAAUACCCCGAAGGACAAACCCGCAGGGGACGACGACAAAGCAGAACCUACCAGCAAACAGAGCAAUCUGACUGAGAUUGGAGGUCAGAGGAAACGAAAGCAGGCUAAAGUCGUGGGCGAAGAAAGGACAGAGAGCGAAGACAAGAAGAUCGAGACUGAAGAAGCUCAACCCAAGGCGGCCACCAAGAAGGCAAAGAAGCCCAAGAAAAUCAAGCUCUCCUUCGAUGAGGAGUGA